UUUCAGAGAUACUCUUCCUGGUUUAUCUCCACCAAUGCCACUUUGCAAGCCCUGAGUAGGUUGAAAUACAGCAUCCAGUCAUUAAGAAAUAUUUGUGCUCUUUUCUUGCUAGGCGUUUCUUGCUGAUGAUAAAUAACUGAUUAAUGCCUCAGAAGCAUGGGCGGGAAAGAUAGAAAUUAGAAGGCUGUUGUUAGAGACUGCCAUAGCCAAACUUUCUUGAUAAUUGGCUCGUUGGGGAAUUUUGUUUUCGUUGCAUUGAAUUGUGGAAGUAAACGUCCCAUUUGAGGAUGUAUGAAGAGAUAGUUCUUUUAUUACUUCUUUUAGGUAAUGUCUCUACACAGGACCUAUCAGUGAAUAAAACAAACACUUUUCUACCUCUAACUUCACUAAAACCUAGAAGAAAUCGCAUGAAUGAACUACCUGUUACAGAAGAACCAGGAUAUAACUUCAUACCUGUAAUUUCACAAAAACCUCUAAGGCGAUCAAGAACUGCCGAAGUGCUUGUAGCAGAACACCCAGGGAAUAUUUCCACUGAAGAGCCAACUAUCCAUAAAACCUACACACCCUUACCUGUAACUUCACAAAAACCCACAACCCAUCAAAGAAGAAAGGAAACAGAUACUGUGAGAACAAAUGAAGGUUAUGUUUCAACCCAAAGUACACCAGGCCUAGAAGAACAAGCAGUGGGUACUACUGUACAGGGGCCAGCACACACAACUGAGCACAAUAUCAUUAGCAGCCAUCCAAAAACCAAGAACCAAACACAGGAAUCAGCAAAAUAUGGACCCAAAGGUCACAUAAUCCACAAACUCUCCGGACCAGUGAUCACUGUGAUAGUUUUUGCUGCAAUAGCUGGUAUCGUUGGAGUCAUCCUCUUGGGAUCAUCCCUUAUUCGCCGGCUGACAACGAAAAAUUCUUCAACCUUAAGAACAAGGACUCAAGCUCCCCUUAAAAGUCUUUUUGAGACAGAAAAAAACUGAGAAGCAAUGAAAAUCAUCCUCCCAAAAUCAUCUGAAAAGAAGAUUGUGUGAAUGAUUCUGUGGAAGAGUGGGAAAUAAUGCUUUGUCACACUAAUCGAAGACAUCUCUCUGAAUUGGAGACAAUAUCAGGAGGCCCAUUUCGCCUGGAGGUUCCUGUUCUAGGGAUUCUAUGAUAGAUAGAUAAAAAUGGCUCAACUGAGCCAACUUUUUUGAUAAUGUGAAAUUUUGAUUCCUAUUCCUGCUUUGGUUUUAUGUUUGCUUAAUUGUAGGAGUUAAUUGUUUAAGAACUCACCUGUGAUCUCCCAUCCAUGCGCUCUUGGAGGGAUCUUCUUGGGUCUGAU